UGCGCGUGCUCCCUCAAGCCGGCCUGGGCCUCACAGGACACGCGCACUCCACCGCUUGCUACUGGUGAAUCCCAAUGCCCUGCCGUGCUCUGAUUGGUGGAGCCACUCCAGCAGCUCACAGCUCCUGAAACUCUCCCGCUGGCAUUGAGGCAGGUCGGCGAUUGCUCGGCCAGCGCCGCCGCCGAGCUGGGCCAGGACGGGCAGGACAUCUCGGUUCCACCCGGGAGCCUCAGUCCUGUAGCUGAGGCAGCUCCCGUCGUUCCUGGUUCAGCCUGACUCCUCUCCACGACCUCGGUCCGGCAUGUUUUCCAGGGCCCAGGUGAGGCGGAUUCUGCAGCGGGUGCCCGGAAAGCAGCGAUUUGGCGUCUACAGGUUUCUGCCCUUCUUUUUUGUCCUGGGAGGAACGAUGGAGUGGAUCAUGAUUAAAGUGCGCGUGGGCCAGGAGACCUUCUAUGACGUCUACCGCAGAAAAGCGUCAGAGAGACAGUAUCAGAGAAGGCUGGAAGAUGCAUCAGAGACUGAACGUCAACAGUCAAUAAAGUUCUCUCAGUUAAAUCUGACUGAUUCACUGGUUGUCCAAACUAGGACUGCAACGUAAGGUUAGUAAAGUUGCAGGUUUUUCUAAUUCAUUUCCCUCCACCUUGGCCACUUUUAGUAGGUAAAGUCACAGACUUUCUCCUUCCCCCAAACUGAUGCUACUUCCUCUCCAGGAGUAAAGCUGCUGUUUUUUUGAGACCAGCCCAUACUGGUAAAGCCACUCACUGCUUUUGCUACUGAGCUGGGUGGGUGAGCUGAAUUGAAGCAGUCCCAGGCAAAAAGGCCAUGGACUCUCCUCUGUUCUUAACCAAGUUUGAGCAGUUUUUAAAGAAUAAAACCUCAAUUUGUAAAAUACAAAUAAAAAUGUACUUUUCAGAUCUUUUGUUCUUAUACAGAACUGCCGUAAUAAAGAAAUUUUGUAGUUUUCCUAUCUCUACUUUGCAUUCUUAUUUCCCAGGUCACUGUGGAACAGCAUGUGUGGGAAAAUUAUUUCCUUCUAAAAAUAUCUACCCAUUGAAUCUAGUCCAUGAAGUAUUUUCUGAACAAUUCUAGGAUCAAUCAGGAUGCUUUGAAGUGCAGCCUGAAUUGUUUGUGAUUUUUUUAUUUUUUGCAGAAUUCAGAUUUAAUCAUGGAUAUAAAAGUAAGAUCUAAGUAGAGAUCUUACUUUGUUGGAGACAAAACCAUUGUAACCAGGAUAAUUAUGCAGAUGACAUUUCUGUCAGCAGCCACUUUGUACACAUUUUGCUAGGGUGAUGGGAAUUCCUCACUGACGACAUUAGUCACAGUUACAAGCUCUUAAAAACAGUUACAAGCCCUUCCCUUGACUGGCUCCAUGAGCAUACAUCGUUAGGCCUCCUUGGGGUGGGGGGUGGCAACAGGCUUCACACCCCUCUCUGAUAAAGACAUUGUUUCAAACAGCUGCUAAAUAAUAUAAAGACACUGCUCCUUGCCUAGAAACUGAAACUUCACUGUGUAAAGCAACUGUAGACUUAAACUAAAUCAGAGGCUCAGGUCUACUGGCAGAGAUUUUCCAAUUUGACCCAGGAUAAGUUUGAGCCAGCUGGUAGAAAAAGCAAGGGCAACUUCCUAUGCUUUGAUAACCAAUCCUACAUUUCUUCAAACAAGAAAAUAGCUACAUAUUAAAGAACAGUAGUUUCAACAUAGUUUCUACUUCUCAUGAAUAAGAAACAAAUGAUUUUGAGACAGGCCAGUAAGCCAGGACAAAUGGAACAGGAAAGCAGGAAGAUAGCUGAACAAGAUGGCCAAGCAAUUUAUAGGCAGAUACAGGUCAACUCCAGGACCAAAAAAGCAGCAAAAGCAGGUGGGCAAUGCCAGGACCAGCUGCAAUGACUAAUGACCUGCCCUGAAGUGACCAAUCAUUGGAGACCAUGACCCUGAAACAGCACACCUGAAGACUGAUGAAUAUCCUGCUGAAAUCUCCCCAAGUACUCCCCUAAAGAGAGGUCUCUCCUGCCUACAAGAGAAAUACAUGACUGAAGACAAAGGACCCAGCACCAGCUCUUACUCUGGGGAGCAACCCAUGCCAUUCCAUUCUCCCUCUCCUUCUUCCGCAGGCAUGUAUCUCCUAAAUUCUAAGUGUCCUCAUGAGAUGAGACUGGCAACCAGGGGAGCAAUGGGCAGCAGCAGCACAUACCAGGCUAAUCCCUUAAUCCCAUCUCCAAGGUCUCCUUUUCAGACCUCCCAGUGAGUUAAGGCAGCCCUGCCUAGGCUCUCCUGUUGCUUCCAUGCUAAGCUCUCCCUUGUUUCACUCUUCCCAGCUGUAAGAAACGUACCCUCAUAGUCACCUGGACUCACGAAAUCUUCCUACAUGACAACAAGAACCCACACACUACUGGCUGACCCUAGGCAGACCCACUCAGGGUCAGGCCCCCUAUCCAGUAAAAAUUUGUCACAAACACAUCUUUCUAAAUUUUGCAGGGACUCCCCCUCCCCUAAUUUAAGCUAGUCCAUUUAUGUUAGAACCAACUCAGUAUAAAUAACCACUGAUUACUCUAUCUCACUAAAGCACUACCUACAGCUCAGAGGCACAGCCCAGAGCUGGACUGAGUGUGAAGACCAAUGAUAACCAAUAGCACCAGGGAAAGGAAGGUGGUUUUUGUGUGCACUUGCCAUCACCUCAAGAGUUGCUGGGGAACCCCAAAACUCACAGGCAUUUUACUGAUUACAUUGCUGCAUAAGAAAUUAAAAUUGUGCUAUGAUUCUCUCAAUUAUAUGGCCUUAUUCCAUGUGCCCCCCCAGUUUUAGAAGUUUAAUAAUACCAUAGAGAAUAUUUAUUUAUACAUCUUUUACAAAGAAUAGUUGUAAAUGUUAAUAAAACCAGCAGCUAACUUCUUUGUUUGCUGUGGGUUUCUUCCCUGGCCUACCUUUUGGACUCCAUCCUAGAGAAUCACUAGCCUGAAAUUUGUGUUAACCUUCCCUGAGUUUUCUUCCUAGUAUGUAUUAGUUUGCUGAUUUAUUGAAGAACAAACCUUUGAAGAUGACAGGGCAAUUUCUGACUUCAAGGCAAGGAGACUAGCAAAGCAAUUACUGUUAUUAAGUUGAAGACACUUUCAGAGCACAUUAGUUUGGAUGCUGUAAGAACUAAUCUUUGUUAACUAAGUUGCAAGAUUUUUAGUUUGCCACAAAACAAACCUUGUUAACCCUUCUAAGGAAUAUGACUAUUCUAUCAGACACUGGAACUAUUUAAGUUAGGAACUUUAAUAAUUUAAAGGUCCUCACUCUUAGUAUAUAUACAGAUUAUAGAACUGUAGUGUCAAGGCAAAAAAUUUAAUAACAAAAUUUAAAACCCUCCAAAUACUCAUUCUAGAAUGACAAAAGCCUAAUUAGCAUUGACUGCUAGAAAUCUACCUUUACUGUAGUGUUGGGGAAAGAAUGUGGGCUUUGAAGCUUCACUUUAUAAUCUGAACUGAUAAAGUACCUAAAUGAGGCACAUAGUAAUUCUGUUCAUCUAUCUAGCAGUCCUAUUUGGAAGUUUUGUCUAAAUCUUUGAUGUUGGAACUUACUCACAUUAAUCUUUUUGUAAUUUUUUUUCCACACUGAGUAACCUCUUUAAAGAAAACACUUGGAACACUGUUUUCCAAUGUGAUUUCUCUUAGUUGAACAUUAUCCAUUUUUAAUCUUCAUAUGUGUGAAAUUUCUUGCCAUUUUUAUGUGCAAUCCAAUGAACACAUCUAUUUUGGGGACAGAAACAGUCUGUCUGUUUGGUUCUGAACUUUCCUUCAGCUGACCUAGCACAGGCCUAAGAACAGAGUAAUACUUAGCAGUAGGUAUUUGUCUGCUCAUAGUGUUUAGCUGGAAUGUUUAUACAUCAGUGAUCAUUCAAAAUAUACUCAUGAGCCUAGAACCACAGGGAUUUGCAAAGUGAUGUUAGAGGAAAACAGUUGGUUGAUUUUACCAACACUUUGUAUUAAAAGUGUGGUUAUGUUUUAAGAGCUUAUAAGCAUGUUAAAGAUAUAUGUGGGCCACUUGGCCUUUUCUGGCCAGACAGCUGACUAUUUGAAACUGGUUACACUGUUUUAUGCCUAGGACAUGCUUUUAUUGCCUUCUGCCAUCAGUAACUCUUCAAUUUUAACUUAAACCUGCAUUUCUGCCCAUGCUUAGGACAUCUUAGGAAUUCUUUGACUGCCAGCUUGAGAGGUUUGGUGUGGAGCACGUCAGGUUGCAGUGUGACUACAUUCAGCUUCUGUGUUAAUGCAGCCUGAGCCCUGAAGUAGUGUCUGGACCAAUGACUUCUCCACUGGAG